CUUCAAUUUAUAUAGGGUCUUCACCCAGAUUUUUGUGCAGUAGUCCUCCAGCAUCUUUCAUUCACGGAUUCAACACCAAUUCUAAGCGAGAUGUCACAACGUCGGACGGCCGCUACAAAGAACACAUUCGAUUCAAUGAAUUCAAAUAAUUCCUACGUUAAUCCCGGCAGCCAAGUCAAGCCAGCUGCAAACGGCAAGCACUCAACCUCCUCCUUGCUUGGACCUAGCAAGCACACUGUCUCAUGGAAACAACUGCCCGAGUGGCUAAGAGACAAUGCCUAUAUAACAGAUGGAUACAGACCUCAGUUAGACUCUUAUGUAAAGUGCGCAAAGAGUGUAUUUUACCUCCACAAUGAGUUUGUAAAUAUAUGGUCACAUGCAUUAGGGUUCGCAUUAUUUUGCUUCCUAGGCGUCGUCGUGUCUUGGAAGACUGUAUUUGUACCUAUUGCCGACACUAGAACCAUGGGGGACAUUGUGUUCUUCUAUACCUUCAUCGCCGGAGCCAUGUCCUGUCUUGGAUUGAGCAGUACUUAUCACUGUUUGUCCUGCCACUCUGAACCCGUGGCAGCCUAUUGGAAUAGAUGCGACUAUCUAGGAAUCAUCACGUUGAUCUUGGGUUCAUACUAUCCCAUGGUAUAUUAUGGUUUCUAUUGUCAUCCUUAUCUACAAAUCUUUUAUAUGACUGCCAUCUCAGCGAUUGGAACUGCUACGGCUUGCGCUACCAUGAUGAAGCAUUUCCGUACACCUACUUACCGAUGGAUGAGGACAAGUCUGUUCUUAGCUAUGGGACUUUCGGGUAUCAUUCCGAUCUGCCACGGUAUUAUUAACUUUGGGUUUGCAAUGGCUUUUCAAUCUAUCUCCUUGGGCCACAUGAUAGCAAUGGGAGCCUUUUAUGUUGUUGGAGCCUUGUUGUACGGUCAUAGAAUUCCCGAGAAAUGGUAUCCUGGAAAGUUUAAUAUUUGGGGUUCAAGCCAUCAAAUUUUCCAUGUCUUCGUAGUAAUUGCUGCGAUCUCACAUUAUAUUGGAGUAACUAGAGCUGUAUCUUUCUGGCAUAAUAAUCCAGGACUUUGCGAAUUAUAUUAAAGCUAGCACUGGGCUAGGUGUAUGUUACAUAGAGCAUGUAUUAUGGUAUUGUAGAUCAGAUCCUUUUUUAUCGAAUUACACCUUGCAAUCUACUCAAACUUCACGACUUGACUGGACGUGAUUCAUAAAGUACAAGU